UAGCGGCGGUUAUUUGUAUUGUGACUUGUGAGUGGUGUUUGUGUUAUAUUUAAAUGUAUCCAAAAUCUGACGAAAGUUGGAGAAAAUCUGAUGGAUAAAAGUUUUUGAAAAUGAGCCACUUCGAGUUUUCGAUUCCUUUAAAUAAAGAUGAGCUUCUGGAGUCCCACGCUGGACAGUACCAUGUUGAGGAUGUUGUCCAGCCGCGUAUGCUGCUAUCGAAAAUUCAAGAUGCAGGUCGCGCCUACAAUAGCGACGGUGUCGACUACAUAUUAGACCACUUCGACACCUAUUUUUCUAUCAUUGUUCAUGGGACGAAGCUGGAAUGGAAUGCAAUAAAUAAAGGCUUUGAUCAUUUAACAAGGACAAUAAAAAAUCUAUGUACACACUUGGAGCCCAUAUUAAAAGAGCAAACAAUUGACGCUGAUGUCAGAAUUAAAAACCUAAAUAUUGUUAAAAUGGUACUUUACUUGUUUACACAAAUAAUGAAAACCAAAGAUGCAAAACUGGCCGCAGAGAAUUCUACAAAGCUAACUCUGGGCAAAAAAGGAAAGAAAGCAGUUGAAGAAGACGAGUUUUGUGGUUGGACAGAAUCAGACAAGCAAGGGGCACUGAUAGCACUACAUUUACUGCUACAACAGCCAUUGUCACUGCUCUGGGACCCACCAUUAGCUGAGGACAAUUUUGUGACGAUGGUUUCUGAACCUUGUUACAAAGCUUUAGAAGAACAGAUAAUUAAAACUAAAACAGUCAGAGAAACCAUAUUCCAAAUCCUCGGUGUGCUUAUAAAGAAAUAUAACCAUGGUACCUCUUGCCUCAUUAAAUUAGUUCAGGUCCUUCAAAUAGUUGAACAUUCUGUGUUACCCAUUUGUGCUGGAGUUGUUCAACUGACCAAAGACUUUAACCUUGGAACUUUUGGCCCACAAAUGGUCCGUGAAAUUGCUGAAGCUUUGGCUUCAUCAGAAGAAGACAAUGCUGGUGGAGGGACAGAGCAAGGUGCUGCAAAAAAUUGUGGUGCAUUUCUUUUGGAACUUACAAAAGAACUACCAAAGGAAAUGGCAAAUGCUAUAGCCACAUUACAACCAUAUCUAGAAAGUGAUGAGUCGUACACACUUCGCAUUAGUAUCCUGGGUAUGAUGUGUGAGAUUUUGAGCGUGGAAUUACGCGGCGAAGGUCUGUCGGACGCGCAGCGCAUACAGCGGGACGACUUCCUAGACGAUCUGUACGAGCACAUGCAUGAUCUGUCUGCUUAUGUGCGACACAAGGUGUUGCAAUUUUGGGGUCGCCUGCAGCGUGAAAACUGCGUGCCGGUGAAUCGGCAGCGCGCGGUGUUAGAGCGCGCGACCGGCAGACUGAAAGACAAGGCAGCGCUUGUCAGGAAGGCCGCUAUACAACUGUUAAAAAUAUUUUUAGAAAGUAACCCAUUCUCUGCUCAACUGAAACUAGAAUUACUAGAGGAGCAGCUUGCAACUGAACAGAAGAUUCUAGAAGAACUCAAUAAGAAAGUGAAUCCGUGUCCCGAUCCAGAGCUAGUUAAGAAGUGGGAGAAAAUUGAGGCCAAUGUUGUUAAAACAAUUAAGGAGAAAAUUGAUACAUUGACUCAGGACGAACCUGACCUCUCCCAAGCUUCCUUGGAAAAUAUGUAUAGCUCCAUUCGGAGACACCUAAAUGAAAAAGAUUAUUAUAAAGCUUAUUUGAUAAUAAAACAUACUGAGCGGAUGUAUCCAGACGCUAAGUUACUUAGAUGUGAUAUGGAAAAGAGUGAUCAGAUCGAUUAUUUCGUUGCCUUGAUGCGCAACGUGUAUAUUAUACCCGAAAGACGACAAUCUAUAACGCAGCAAUGCGAAAACGAAUUGGCGAUUUACAAGAGGAUUGAAGAGAAGGAGAAUAUUGUGGCUUUCCUAGAGGAAUCCGUUCACUUUAGUCGCAUGAUUUCCGAAGCAGUGCCUUUGAUAAAUGCCCUGCUUAUGUCGAAACAAGCAGGAGACGUAAGCGAGGCAAUAGACUUCUUCACAACGGCGCACCAGUUCAAUAUUGAGUCGGCAAAAGUGGGCGUGGCCAAUAUGCUGCUUCUUGUUUGGUCUCCAGAUCAAGACAAGCGUGAGGCGGUCGAGCGAGCGUACCGCGAAAUGUAUCUGGAGAGUGACAGUAAGGCGGAGCGCGGGCGCGCGUUUACUGUGGCCAAGCGGCUGGUGGCGUUGCUGGCGCACGUUGACCGCGGCGCCGCUCUCGCGCUUGACCAUCUUGUCGACAAGUGGGUGAACCGCGGGGACAUCACGCCUGCACUUAUACAGGUAUUUUGGGAGAUGUACUUGAAGAAAAUCGACGGGACGACAGAAAUGGAAAGCCACGCUGCCAUGUCAUUUUUAGUGAUGAUAGCGAGAGCUAAGCCGUCCAUGGCGCUGGCUAAUCUAGAAGUGAUUCAAACACACGGACUGACCGGGGACUACAACUCUAGAAACUUGAGCGCCCAGCUACUUCUCACUAUUGCGAAGAAGAAUCAGCGCUAUCCUGCUGAUCACGCGAUAUUUACCGCGUUAUAUGAUAGCGUUAUGGACACUUUUUCUACCAUGAAUCAGUUCACAUCUUUUGCUGGAAAUUCCAUCGAUGUUAUUUACGCUAUAUGCGAUACCCCAGACGUUCUUUGCACGAAACUCUUGAGCGAUAUGUACAAGAAGAUUCAAGAGACCAUGGUAAAGGAUGCAGAAAAUGAGGAGGAUAUAAGCAUGCCAACUGAGCUGCUCACGAGGUUUAUAUUCGUACUUGGACAUAUUGCUCUCCAACAACUCAUUUAUUUGGAUAUCUCUGUAUACAGCGAAUUGAGAAGACGCAAUCAGGUGCGUGAAGAACGCAAAGAGGAGGAAAAACGUAAGAAAAAGGCAGGUGCGUUCGCGACGCCGGCCAGACGGGGGCGCGUCGACGACUUGCGGCGCCAGACGCUCAUGAACGCCAGCACCGCGAGCGCGUCGUCGCGUGCGCAGCGCUCCGCCAGCGUCAUGUCUAGUAAGGGACCUUCGGCGAACACGACGAUGACAGAGGAGGAGGCGGGGCUAGAGGGGGCGGUGGCGGACGACGCGGACGCCGAGUACGUGCGCGGCGUGUGCGAGCGAGACAUCGUGGGUGCAGGCGCGGCGCUCGCACGAUACCUGCCGCUACUGCGCCACGUGCUCGCUCGCCCCGGGUGCCCGCCAGUGCUGCAGGCCGCCGCUGCGCUUACCUACACCAGAUUCAUGUUGGUAUCGAGUUCGGUAUGCGAGGACGGGCUGCAGCUGAUGGUUACCGUUUUGAAGAGAUCCAGCAAUGUGUCGUUACGGACAAACCUCACCAUCGCGUUCGCUGAUUUGACUCUACGCUUUCCUAAUCUCACGCAACCUUGGACCCAUCACAUAUAUCACAUACUAAGUGACGAAUCCCUGGAAGUGAGGCAGUGUGCUGUCAAAAUGCUGUCGUUCCUGGUACUCCACGAGAUGGUGCGUGUGAAGGGUCAGAUAGCCGACAUGGCGCUGUGCUGUGCGGACGGCGACGCGCGGGUCGCGGCCAUGACGCGACAGUUCUUCAAACAGCUGGCGCAUAAAGGCAACGCCCUGUAUAACGUGAUGCCGGACAUCAUAUCGCGGCUCAGCGACCCCGAGUUGGCGGUGCCGGAGGAACGGUAUCGGCUGAUUAUGAAGUAUAUAACGUCACUAAUACAAAAGGACAGACAAAUGGAGGCGUUAGUUGAGAAGCUGUGCCAAAGAUUCAAGUUAGCUACAGAAGAGCGGCAGUGGCGCGAUCUAGCGUACUGUCUGUCUCUCUUCACGUACAACGAGCGCUCGCUUCGGAAACUUAUUGAGAAUCUCGACGCCUACAAAGACAAGCUACACUGCAAAGGAGUGAUGGACUGCUUCUCUACUUUAAUGCAUAACACCUCUAAAAUGGCUCGUAACGAGAUCAAGACGCUCGUCACGGAGUUAGGCGACAAAAUAGAAGAGUGCUUCGCGGUUAACGACAAGGAGGCGGAUCGGGAGGAGUCUGUGCAGGCGAGCGCGCCAGCCGCCACGCCGCGCCGCCGCCCCGCCCAGCGCGCGCCGCGACGACAACAGCGCCGAUCGUCGUCCAGUCCGGAUGAAAAUGAGCCUCCAAAUAAAGAAUUCACACCCCAGACAGCACGGAAGUCUAAACGAAAAGUUGUACAAAACUAUAAGGGCGAUGAAAACGAUUCAGGAGAGUCAGAUGAUGAAGAGUUCCAAAAAAAACAAGAAGUAUUCAAGAAACCCACAAGAAAAGCUACCCGUAGAAUUAUGAAGUAAUUAAUAAAACAGUUUAUAAGUUA